GGAGCAGCAGCUCAGUUGCCCUGUGGGCUCAGGGGUGAAGACAGGGGUCUCAGCUGCGCUCUGUCCUGAUGACAAUGGAGAGCUGCCUGUCCAUCUUCUCUCUCGCUGUCCUGGUGCUGCACAGCUCAGCCAGAUACACAGGGUUCAGGCUGGUGAACGGCUCGGACUCCUGCUCUGGCCAAGUGGAGUUACAGUCCCUCUUUGGGGACUGGGGGACAGUGUGUGACCUGUACUGGGACCUGAGAGAUGCCAGUGUUCUCUGCCAGCAGCUGGGCUGUGGGGAGGCUGUAGCAGCACCAGGACAGGCCUGGUUUGGACAGGGCAGUGGACCAGUAAGGGCUGAUGUGUUUGAGUGCCGGGGCAAUGAGAGUCGUCUCUCACACUGCGCUGUCUCUUCAUGGGGGAGUGCAGGAUGCUCUCAUGGACAGGAAGCAGGAGUCAUCUGCUCUGGUUCAUCCCUGUCAGCUCUAGACGGUGGAGUCCGGCUGUCAGGAGGAGAGAGUCACUGUGAUGGCCAAGUGGAGGUUCACUACAACAGCACCUGGGGGAGACUCCUCCAGCACUCCUGGGGCUACAGAGAGGCCUCUGUGGUCUGCAGACAGCUGGGCUGUGGCUCUGUAGUGCUAAUAUACAACUCCUCUCUGUAUGAGACAGGUGACAGUGCACUGUGUCUGACAGGUAUUCAGUGCUCUGUAGUACAAGUCUAUAACUCCUCUCUUGCUCUGUAG